AUGGCUCGCACUGAUCAGGAUUUCGUUGAUGGGCUAGCCCUUGACCUGUUCUCGCCAAAGAACCAUACCCUGGUUGUCACCAACAACACGUCGCCGCUGCCUGGCAAUUUUGUCACGGGCAGCACGGGCGAGGGCUUCGUGAAUCUUUCAAAAUACAGCUGGGUUAUCAAGUUCAAUGAAUCAGCAAAUGACCUCAUUGCUAAGAUUGAGCUGCCAUAUGACCCCGAGGCACUGGUGCAGCAAGGUAUACAAUUGGCAAACACCUAUGUUGGCACUCUGGCGGCGGACCAAAAAUCUUGGAUUGUGUCAGAAACACAGAGAAACGUGCACAUGAGUGAGAAUAAAACUCGAAUCGUCAAGAUGACUUCCCUCGACGGAGAGUACAUGCUGCUCGGACGCAAGUCCGAAGAUACUGCGAAUAUUUUUGUGCAGUAUGGCCAGGGCGCAACUAGGACGGUGAAUGUCACUGGGGGCGCGGACGAUACUCAAGAAGUGGAAUUCAUCGACGGGCUGCGACUACGGUUUCGAUCGGCGAAACCGUUUGCCCUCAAUGCCGACAUUCCUUUCGGCAUCGACGCCCAGGCAAUACCAAAAGCCCACAAAUCGCUGAAUUCAUUUUCUUGGAAGAUAAAUUCGACAUCGCCGGCCAGCAAUAUCUCGGUGGGCAUCAGCUUUCCAAUCAAUCAACAGAUGUUACAAGAGCGAAUCUCAGACCAAGAAGCAGGACCCAUGCAUCUGCUAGUCGCCAGAAGAGACGUCAACGCUACCGCUACAACCUGCUUUCAGCCAUUGGAAAACCAGCACUUUGACAAAUCGCAGCACAAAAUCAAGGCUGAGGCUUUAAAUCGCAUAGAUGGACAGUAUGUGAUUUUGAUUUCUUCGAAGAAAGACCGUGAUUUGAAGUGCGGCAUGGGUGAGGUCGAGGGGGGUGAUAAAGGCGCUGCCAGCGACGGGCGAAAGGCGACUGCGAGUCGCGAAGUCUAUACCACAAAACCAUCGCCAGCAGACGCCACACCCAUGACAAGCUCGGCCGGGGUACCAAUAAUCCCAAAGACAUCUAAAGCGGCCUCAAUGUCCAGAUAUGCUAGCGGAGGGCUCAUGACUGUGCAGCUUCUGAUUUUGGGCCUGCUUCUGUAA